AUGGGCAUUCAAUGCAGCAGGAGGCGUGCCAGUGGCGGUGGCACAAGUGGAUCCGUCUCAGCCGGCGGCAAUAUGGAGUACAUGGCAGAGCUGAGCUCGUACGAGGAAAUGUGUCAGGUAGAUCCGGAUAUCCAGACCUUCGAUGCCGGUCUCCAGCAGCGCACUAGCCGCGUCAUCUCUAAUCUGGCCGUUAACGUCCAGCUCCGCUCUAUUUCCUUCGAUUCACUUAAAGAAGUUGCUGGAUCCCUCUUUGAUAUGAACCAGGAUGUCGUUCGCAUAAUUCUGGAAAGCAAAAAGGAUAUAUGGAAGAAUUUCGAGAUGUUCCAGCUGGUUGAUGAGUACUUCGAGAACAGUAUACGUACGUUUGAUUUCUUUACUGCUCUCGAGACGAGUCUAAAGAAAGCUCGCGACUCUCAGCUAAUCGUUCAACUCGCUAUCAAAAGCUUCGACGAAGAAUACGCUGUUGCUGUCGCCACCGAGGAGGAGGAUCAACCUCCGGAAGUGAAGAGGAAGACGAGAUACGCCAAAACCCUAAAUGAGUUGAGGCAUUUCAAGGCUAUUGGCGAUCCGUUCACUGAUGAGUUUUACAAGGCGUUUCAAUCGGUACACCAGCAGCAAUUGUCAAUGCUUGAGAAGUUACAUAAUCGAAAAAUGGAGCAAGACAAGAAGCUUAAAUCAGUUAAAAUAUGGAGAAAGGUUACUUGCGUAAUUUUUGCCUCGGCUUUUGCGGCACUUCUCAUCUGCUCUGUGGUAGCUGCUCUUGUGGCAGCGAACCCCCGGGCGGCUGCCACUUCGAUUCCCCUGGGAUCUAUGGGAAAGUGGUUUGAUUCCUUGUGGAAGGACUAUCAGGAUGCCCUGAAAGCUGAGAAGGAACUAAUUAAUACAAUGCAUGCUGGGACUUUUGUUGUGCUUACUGAUUUGGAUAGUAUUAGAAUUUUAGUGAACCAAUUGGAAGAUAAUAUAAGAUCAUUGCUUGAUGAUGCCGAAUUUGUGUUCAAAGAUGAAGAUGCCGUGAGGCUUGGUAUUGAGGAGAUGAGGAAGAAGAUGGGAUUGUUUAUGAAAAACAUUGAGGGUUUGGUGCAGCAGGCUGAUCGGUGUAGCAGGGACAUAAGGAGGGCAAGGACUGUGGUUUUGCAACGAAUUAUUAAACUGCAUAAAUGAUGAUGUGGAAGCAAAUUGGUUCUUAAUUAUUUCCUUCAGGAAUUUUUCUCGCAAGCCAAAUGUUGAUAUACAACUAAACUUCUCUGCUUACCAAGUAAGCUUCCCAAAUAGCAGAAACUCGCCUUUGGUUCAAAUUUGGCGCAUCUGCUUUUGCUUCCGCAAUGCAUUUUCUUCAUUAUGUUAUUAUAGCAGUUGGCUGACUGUAACUUAUAGACUUAUUUAUGCUUUUAAUCAGCAUACAUAUAUAUAUAUA